AUGCGACCGACAGCCGACACCAACGAAAACCGCAACCAGUACGUGCCAUACACCCCUUCCCCAGCAGCAUCUCUGCAAUACUAUGGACUUAACCAGCUAACAUCGUCUUUUUCCGCGCCUUUUCAGUGCAGAUGUAGUUUCGUCAAGACCCUGACGGGUAAGACCAUUACCCUGGAUGUCGAGUCCAGCGACACCAUCGACAACGUCAAGACCAAGAUCCAGGACAAGGAGGGUAUCCCCCCUGACCAGCAGCGCCUGAUCUUCGCCGGCAAGCAGCUCGAGGAUGGCCGCACCCUGAGCGACUACAACAUCCAGAAGGAGUCCACCCUUCACCUUGUGCUCCGUCUCCGUGGUGGUAUCAUUGAGCCCUCCCUCAAGGCCCUCGCCUCCAAGUACAACUGCGAGAAGGCCAUUUGCCGCAAGUGCUACGCUCGUCUUCCUCCCCGUGCCACCAACUGCCGCAAGAAGAAGUGUGGCCACACCAACCAGCUCCGCCCCAAGAAGAAGCUCAAAUAA